AUGGCGCGUAAAGGCCCUGGUACAGACGGCCCUCUACAGACAGCCCUUCUGGAAUCCACGUCUGCAACCACGACAAGAGCUUCUGAAGGACAGAAGAUCUUCAGCCCCAUAGCUGCGUUCCUUGAUAAACACCGCAGCCAAACCACCGGUCUUGCCCCUCACCUUCUGAGAGCCCUCACCGCUCUAAGUGAUGACCUCGCCUUGGUAGCCCAACAACAUUUCAACGCCUAUAUCAGUGGUAUCUCGAUGAUCUUUAUUCUACCUGCCCUGUCUCCUUCCACUUCCUCUUCUCUCACCCCGAAUCCCUUAUCCCCUUUACCCCCUCCCUUACGUCCCCCCUCAGGUCUUGAACAGUCAACUUAUACAACUAUUACCCAAUAUGCCCCAGUCAAAUCAACUCCCACUACUCACUCUAAAGCCUCCACUGGCUUUGCACUAUGCACCCCUCUUAAUGCUGGCUAUGCGGCUUCUCAAAGCAUACUGAAGAGGGCUAUGUUAACCGCUGCACAGCCCUGGAGCCUCAUCAAUGUCCUCCCAGAUACAUAUACUGCCAUAAAUUAUAUCCAGCUGAUUCCCUAG